GACUUAAAGCAUUGUCUUGUAUUCAUAUUUCAGUGCUGUGAACAGUUGCUUUUGAAAGCUUUUUGGUGUAAAUUACUACACUAUCAUAUUUUGAAGUAUAUAGGAUUUCAAAUUUUAAAAAUACCCAAACAUAUAAUGAUAUAUAUGUAUGCAUGAGCUCUACUGGGAGCAAAACUGGCAGUGCUGAUUCUGUGUCCUCCCUUCACUUCCUUAGGAGGAUUAAACGGCAGUUGGAAUUUCGUGAUCAGAUGCUGUUGCGGCACCUUGAGUGUGUAGAAUCCAGUUGUGCUCACUAACAUAAAGUUCCGUUUGUUUUCCCUGUGUUAACUUGUCAUGCAGUGCUAGUAUAAGGGGAAAGUAUCACAAGCUAAUUAUGAAUUAAACCCCUUAACAUCUGUACUAACUGCUUGGUGUUUUGCUGAACAAGAACCAGGGAACUUUGCCACUGCUCAAUAAAAUAAAAUUUAAAAGAAAACCCAGCAUCACCGCCACCCCAAACUUGCAUAUAGAGAAAGAUGAGACUGUAAUUUUUUUUUUCUUCAGUAAAUACAAGAAGUUGUUAACACUUACUUACAGGAAGUUUUAACACUUCUGAUUUAAAAAUUAGCAAAAUCAGAUAGACCUUGUUUGCUAAAUGUUUCUUUUGAGCUAUUUGGCAUAUACUCAAAAGCUAAUUUGAGGAAUUGCCAGCACUAUUUUGUUCUGGAAGACAUAUCUGUCCAAAGCUAAGAAUGCUGUGAAACACAAAGGAGGAAGGCUGCUUUCAAGCUGCUGUAAAAUCUUUUUUUUUUGUUUUCUUAUUUGUUUAUUUUAAUCAUAAUUUCAGUCAAUGCAGUACAUCUAGUCAGUAGACACAAAUAAGAUGGUCUGUUAUUAGUUAAAAUGUUUGUAAUUGGAAGUUACAGAUUUUUCUUGCCUCAUUUUCCAAGGAAAUAGAUGAUUUGGACCUUAUUAUUCUUGUUCAGACUUUUAAACAGAUUAAUGAUUAUGAACUAGUUUCUAAAACCUUUUUGCAGAUGUUUGUUUAGUACUCAAGUUUCAGCAAACUUGAUCAAGUACUAAUUUUUUAAGAUCUGAACUUGGGAAAUAGGGACCUGAAGUAACUAAAUAUAACUGUAACCAGGGAUGGGAUUGUUCCUGUGCAUUUAACUUUGCGUUGGAAUAACUCAUAUUAUGGGUCCCAAAAUCCACUGCAACUGCCUAAGACAACAGGGUGACAAAUCUGGUUUACAUAUAUCUUUCCCAUUCUCACAAUUUGGCUAAGUAAUACUUGGAUCCAUAGUAUUUAUUUUGAAAGUCCAUUAACAGAAAAGUCCUUUCCAGUUAAGCAUGAAAUGGAAGAAAAAAUGUCAGGGAAUUGUUUUUCUCCAGAAUUCUAUUGGAGAAUAAAAGAUGGUUCAGUAAUGUGCUGGAUACAAUGGAUAUUUUGGAGCAAAUGUGAGGGAUUGAUUUUUGUUUCUUUGUUUUCAAUAGAGAACAAACACUCAUUAAUUUCAGUUCAGUAUAGCUCUUGUUGAGGAUUUUUCCUGGCAGUCAGGAAAAUCCUGAAUUAAAAGUAGGAACUGUAGUAAUGGCUUCUAUAAAAGUAUGAUAUUGAUUGUAGUAUUCUUAACACCUUAUGUAGUUUAUUGAUCACUUACUAUUAUCUUUUGUCUGCUGUUCACAUUCCCACACUUUUAAUCCCUUCACUAGCAUUUGUGAGUGAUUAUUACCAAGUAUCUCAGUCCUACAUAAAUAAUGUAUAUAAUAAUAACAUAUAUAAAUAACACUUAGAUAAAAUGGCUUAAGCUGAAUUCCCAACAGUUGAUCAAUUUUCUUGCUGCCAGCUUACACAUCUUAAGUUAAAAAAGGUCCUAUUUAAUACCUGUGAAGACAGCUACUUAUUGAUUAUAAUAUGUCACCAGACUGGCAUGAAAGAGAUCCUUCUGUAAGUAUGGAAAUUUACUGCAGAUACACUAGUAGGAACAUUUUGUCAUUUGUUAUUCAAUAGGAACUUUAGGACAUUCUGAACAGUAUAUCACGUGGGCAUUUACCUUUCAGGCCAUGGCUUGGGUGUAUGCUGGAAUUCAGCACAUCUAACUAAAAAUUUUGGGUAGCACCUAGAAACAGGCAGUGAAGCCAUGGCAGAGCAGAAAGUACAGAUGUUCAGGUCUGGAGGAGUUUGCCCAUAGGCACAAGUGCUGCUUUCGGUUCCAAAUAAGUGUAAUAAUUGUCUGUGUGAACAGGAGACUUCCUAGCUGCUCUUCACUCAUGAAAGACAAUGAUACAGAUUGUAGUUUACUGGAAUAUUUGUAGAACAACUGACAGAAAUAAGGUCAAACACAGCGAGUGGAUAUGUUCAAGUGUUGAAAUCACUUUUCAUGUUUUGUACUUUGCAACUUAGCUUGAAUAGAAAGUUUAUUAGAAAAUAACUUUCUUAAUCUUUGAAAAUUCCUUACUUACAGUCUGUGAGCAGUCUUGCAGUUGAUGGAGGAAAUGAGCUCCAAAUUGAAUCACGGCAGAACAAAGCGUUUUUCCCCUUGCUGUCAUUUCAUUUAACUCCUUGCUGGUAACGCAUCACAUCUCUUCAUGUGGCAGACGGGCAUGUCAGUGUCUUGCUUUGUGAGGUGAAGUAGUAAAACUGGCAUUUGCUUCUCAUCAUUACAGUGUAGAAAGUGGGGGUGUCAGCACUUGGAAGUAGUUUUUGCAAAUAUUGUCAAGCAGCAGAAGCACACAUUUGCAGAUAACACAUUGAAGUUGGUGUUAACUCACGCACAGCUUCUUGAAUACUGGAUACUAGCAACUGGGAGAAUUUAGUCCUUGUGGGUUUCUGAAACAUUCUUUGCCAGGUGAUUCUGUAAUUUGUGUAGAUGUAGUUUUAAGUGUUGCUUCAAGUAAAAAUUACUUUUUUAUUCUCAAAAGAGGUUCUGUGAGUGACAUAGAAACGAAAUUUAAGUAUUGCAAUUUAAGACCUUUCUACUUGGAGUGGAAUGUGCACACAGCUGUUGCAUUCAUUUCUACAUACCUGUUUAAUACUUGGAUAUAGUUGUAGCAACUAGUUGUAUUUUGUGUGCUGGAAUUCAAGGCCUGGCUGUUGCUCUCCAGUCUGUUUUUCAUACACAGUGUUCACAGAAAAUACACUAUGUGUAAGAGUACAUCAUUCUCUCCAGCUGAUGUUUGAUGUUGGCUUCUGUUGAAGCUAGAUCAUCCUAGAGUUCAUAUAGUUCUGCUGAGGGCUAGGAGGUAUCUUUGUGUAAAUGUCCUGGGAAUACUUGAUUUUUAUUUAGGGCUAACUGAUCCACUCAUUUAACUUCUUAGGCAUUGACCAUUACUUAUACAAGUGGAUAAUAGGAUAGAUGAUGGAAGUGCAAGUGUGCUUCCAUAUUCUGCUUCCCCUCCAUUUGUGUCUCGGGAAAGGGACUGGCAACCUGUAGCCUUAUAAAAAUUGAUUUGGGGACUUUUUUCUUUUUUUAUAAUACUAAAAAUGAGAGAAAAUAAGGCAGGUCAGUCUCUUUGUGAUCUAUGCUCUUUUCCAUCAAAAUUUGAAAAAUUAUUUGAAGAAAAUAGAGUUGUGCCCCAGUGUGUAUUUGAAAUAUGAUUUACAAUGCAAACCAAAAACUAGUGACAAAGAAACUGGGUGAUACAAUGUUUACUCUUCAGACCUGUACAUACUUCAAGGAGUCUUGAGUAAAGCUAGCCAAAUAUCUGCAUGCCUUCUUCCAGGUCUGAGAUUUUAAUCUACUUGUCCAAAAGGAUGGCAUUUAGAAAAUCAGAAAUAUGUGUGUUUGAAGUUUUCAGGAGACCAAACUUGUGAACUUGAUAUCAAGGAUAUAUGGAAAUGAAAGUAGACAGGAGUUCAACAGCUGACAUUCUUUUUCUGUGCCUUUUUGAAUUGAUUACAUAGUAGUUAUGGAGUAAUUGAGAGUUAUACUGGUAACACUUUAACAUCUGCUACUUCAUGUGUAUAAAUAGAUGUGUUAUUCGCCAGGAGUGCAUCUUCCUGCCUGAAUAUCUGUCUCGGAGAAGCAAUCCUGUUCUUUGUUUUUUUCUGGCUGUAAAUGCCUUGGAUGUGUUUAACUCACCAGGUAUCUGAAGCAAAGCCUUUCUUAAGGCAGGUGUCAGAGCAAGUAGAGAAGAGUUAAAGAGGAUACAGCAAGGGACAAGUUUUGCUCUACGGGACCUAUGUGUCACUGCCAUUGCUGUUUUUCCAGUGAACCUGUUUUGCCACUGCUCUGCUACAUGAUAUUGAAAUCCUGAAAUCAUCAGAUGUGGUUCUCCCAUUACUGACAGCAUGGAAACAUUGAACCAGUCUGCAGAAGCUAUCAGAGAGAUUGUAAAGAUAAAAGAUCUUGCAGAUGCUCUAGAAGAAGGAGGUUGUGAUCUUGAAACUGUGAGAAACAUCAUUCAAGGAAGGCAAUUGCCUGCUGAUCUAAGGGCCAAAGUCUGGAAGAUUGCACUUAAUGUUGUAGGAAAGGGGGACAGCCUGGCAUCCUGGGAUGGCUCCUUAGACCUACCUGAGCAGAGUAUAAUUCAUAAAGAUUGCCAAGAACUAAUUGACCAGUUGUCAGUGCCAGAAGAAGAGAAGUCAGUAUUAAUUUUGGAUAUUGAGUCUGUUAUUACAUUUUAUUGUAAAUCACGCAAUGUUAAAUACAGUUCUUGCCUCGGCUGGAUACAUCUGCUCAAACCUCUGGUGCACCUUCAUUUGCCCCGCAGUGAUUUGUACAACUGCUUCUAUGCUAUCAUGAAUAAAUUCAUUCCAAGGGAUUGUUUUAUGAAGGGAAGACCCUUUCAUCUAUUUAGGCUGUUGCUUCAGUACCAUGAGCCUGAACUCUGCUCCUUUCUGGACACCAAGAAGAUGACUCCAGAUUCAUAUGCACUCAACUGGCUUGGAAGCCUCUUCUCAUACUACUGUUCAGCUGAAGUCACUCAGGCAAUAUGGGAUGGAUAUCUACAACAAGCAGAUCCAUUCUUUAUUUAUUUUUUAAUGUUGAUCAUCCUUGUCAAUGCAAAAGACGUUAUCUUAGCACAAGAAUCAGAUAAAGAAGAAAUGAUAAAAUCCUUAGAAACAUCACCAGCCAAUCUCGAUUUAGAGGAUAUAGAAGAUCUCUUCUCUUUGGCACAAUAUUACUGUAGCAAAACUCCAGCUUCUUUCAGGAAGGACAACCACAGUCUUUUUGGCAGCAGUUUGCUGGGCCUCAAAGAUGAUGACACAGACUUGAGCCAGGCUCUCUGUCUAGCAGUUUCUGUGUCUGAGAUUCUGCAAGCAAACCAGCAACAAGGAGAAGGAGUGAGAUUCUUUGUAGUGGAUUGUCGUCCUGCAGAGCAAUACAAUGCUGGGCAUUUAUCGACAGCAUUUCAUUUAGACUCAGAUUUGAUGCUUCAGAACCCAUCAGAAUUUGCACAGUCUGUAAAAUCCCUGUUAGAAGCACAAAAACAAUCUAUUGAGUCUGGCUCCAUAGCUGGUGGGGAACAUCUCUGCUUCAUGGGAAGUGGCAGGGAAGAAGAGGAUAUGUAUAUGAACAUGGUGUUGGCACAUUUCUUACAGAAAAAUAAGGAGUAUGUUAGCAUUGCCAAAGGAGGCUUUAUGGCCCUCCAACAGCACUUAGCAGAUAUCAAUGUGGAAGGACCAGAAAAUGGAUAUGGCCACUGGAUUGCAAGUACUUCAGGCUCAAGAAAUAGCAUAAACUCUGUUGAUGGUGAUUCUCCAAAUGGUUCAGGUGAUGGAAAAGGAGUGAAGUCCCUAGUGAAUAAAAUGACGGUUGCUUUGAAGACUAAGUCUGUGAAUGUGAAAGAGAAAGUUAUCAGUUUUAUUGAAAAUACAUCUACUCCAGUGGACAGAAUACCUUUCAAUAUUUCCUGGCCAGACAGAGCAAGCAUGGAGCGACAUGUCAGCAGCAGUGACAGAGUUGGAAAACCCUACCGUGGUGUGAAGCCAGUAUUCAGCAUCGGAGAUGAAGAAGAAUAUGAUACUGAUGAAAUUGAUAGCUCCUCAAUGUCAGAUGAUGAUCGAAAAGAGGUUGUCAACAUCCAAACGUGGAUAAAUAAACCUGAUGUGAAGUAUAACUUUCCAUGUAAUGAAGUAAAAGAAAAUGGACACAUGUUUCCCAGUCAUCUCCUAGUCACAGCAACUCAUAUGUACUGUUUGAGGGAGAUUCCAUCAAGAAAGGGACUGGCUUACAUACAGUCUCGACAGGCACUCAACUCUGUAGUCAAAAUCACAUCCAAGAAGAAACAUCCAGAACUGAUCACCUUUAAGUAUGGAAAUAGCAAUACUUCAGGCAUAGAAAUUCUGGCAGUUGAAAGGUAUUUGAUUCCAAAUGCAGGUGAUGCUACCAAAGCCAUUAAACAACAGAUCAUGAAAGUAUUGGAUGCCUUGGAGAGUUAAUAACUAAAGACUUUGUAGAGACCAGUUUAUAAAGAAGAAGCAACCAAGAUACUGUAUGUGGACACAAGCUGACUGUUUCCCAACUGAAUACUAACUUAAGAGAAUUUUUCUGUUUGCUGGUGGGAGUGCCUGAGUAGCAGGCUUGAGAUAGGGUAAAUUAUUAUCCAUUUCUGAACAGGAUUUUUGUUUGGGCUAUUUUUAUUUUUUUAUUUUGUUAUUUGUUUUGUUUUGGAGAAGUGUUUAUUAUAAAGGUCAGUUUGUUUCAUUUUAAUGCAGCCUUACUGGGAGUGAUCUGCAUCUUUGCAAGAGCAGAUGCAGCUGGGUUCAUGUUAAGUGUGUGUUAAAGCAAUGGGGGGACUGAGAUACAGAGGAGCAGUUGAAAACACAAUGGUUUUUAAAUUGUUAUCCCUUGCAAAUAAGAUGUCUCCAUUGCCUACAGUCUAGAAAUUUGAUUUUGCCUAGCUGGUAGUAUCAAAGAUUAAUUAAAAAUUUAGCUUUUUGAGCAGAGCAGAUAGAAAUCUUAAAAACACCAUUUUCACAUUAAAAAUGGUUAAGUCCAGUUUGGUCUGCAGAUAAAUGGAAAAAAUACAAACAAUUCGUGAAAUUAAGGGUUUUUUAAAUGUCUUACCAGCUACUAGGCUAAAUAACUGGAAUUGGUGGUAAGGAUUAUUUUUAAACACUGAAAUUACCUGUAGUUUUUACUACAGCAGCGUGAUUUUUUUUAAAUUAUGCAAAAUUUUACAUUUCAUAGGUUGAGGCUAUUUCCCGUGUAAGAAUGAGUGUGUGCACUGAAAUGCAUGUGUCAUGACAGAAUAUGACAGUUAAAAACAAGUUGCCUUGCUCCUCAGAAACAAAAUAUCUAAGAAAUUUAGAUGUUUAAAACCCUUCAGCACAAAAGUGAGUACAAACUGACCAAAGGUGAGUUCAGCAAGAAGAUGAAUGCACACAAAACCAGGGAAGAAAUUCCAGUGCUGGCUGCCUUCAUUGAUUCAAGCAUUUGUAACAACUUCUAAAUUAGUAAAUUUGUGGGAGAUGGCAACUUAUAUGAUUGUUCAUCAUAAGCUUUCCAUUUGUUCAAGAAUUGUUCUCUUGUUCAAAGCUCAGUACAGGAAUGUUCUUACAGACAUGGUAGAGCAUCUUUGUAGACUGAUGGUAAAUCACCAAAAACUAUAAAGAUAAUGGGGAUUAGUUUUGCUGCAUAAGAUCUGAGUACUUGAAUCAAAGCCUAUGAUUUGGUACUUCAUCAGAAGGUAAAAUAAGUUAAACUGACCUUUAUAAAAAACAUUUAUUCUAAGUUAUUUUACUAGGAAUCAAGCUAGGGCACCUUAAUUCUUGAACUAAUUUUUUUUUUCUUCUUAGUAUCUGAGUAAACACCAAUAGAACUUGAACUGUUGAGAAUAUUUGCAUGAAAUUGCACCUGGGCCAAUGCUCAUGUAUUUAUAGUUUUGCCCAGCAGCUGUUGUAUUACAUUUUCCUCUUCCUAAUCCCUUCUGAAAAUAUCCUCAAGAGUCUUUGACUCUGUGCCUACUUCAGCAACAAGAUUUUUUCAUGUAAAGAUGUUUGUGCUACUGUUUAUAAACUACAGUUGUAAAUAAACCAGUACAAUUUGAACAUAA